GUCAAACUAUUUGGACUGGGAGCUUUGGAGCAGCUCAUUCAGUCCUUUUCCUUCAUUUUCAAAUUCAUUAUGGCUCCCAUUAAGCGCAAGGGUAAUGCCGCUGAGGAGGUAUCUACCCGUCAACCUCAGAAGCGCGUCAGAGUGGGCGCAGAGGAUCGCAACGCAGAAAAGAAACAGAAAAAUGCCUCGGAUGCGCCAAAAGCCUCCGAGCUCUCAGUGCUGCGCGACGACGAGCCAUCCUUCCCUCGUGGUGGUGGCAGCGUGCUGACGCCUCUGGAACGAAAGCAAAUCCAGAUCCAAGCCACGAAAGACGUCCUCUUCGAGCAGAAGGGGUCCAAGCCUUCUUCAAGAAAAUUUGACGAUGACGAAUUUGAGCAGGAUACGGAUAUGGAAGAUGCCGGUGAGACUACUGCGACCGCCACUCAGAAGUCUCGAAAGAAGAAGGUGAAGGGAAAGAAGCAAGAGAAGGAUGCGAACGAGAAAGGUAUUCGGAUUGAGGGUCUCAACUUCAAGCGACUUGUACCCGGUAGUAUGGUCCUCGGUCAAGUUUCGAGUAUCAGCGUUCACAACAUCGGUAUUUCGUUGCCCAAUAACCUUACCGGUUAUGUGCCCCUAACCUCAGUGUCGCGGGUUCUGGACGAGAAAAUUGAGAAACUCCUUAAGGAGGACGAUAGCGACAAGGAGGAUGAAGAGGAUGAGGAGGACGAGGAGGGCAAAUCCCUGGAUCUUCACAAAUACUUUUACCUGGGACAAUAUCUGCGGGCAAACGUUGUCUCUGUUGGAAGUAAUGCGGCCGACGCCAGUGCCAAGAAUAGGCGUCGCAUAGAGCUUUCCGUCGACCCACGACAGGCAAACGCAGGUCUCUCGAAAUCGGAUCUCAUCGCCAAUACCGCAGUUCAAGCUUCCGUUGUCAGCGUGGAAGAUCACGGUCUGGUUAUGGAUCUGGGUAUCGAGGGUGCUGAGGUCAGGGGAUUCAUGUCCUCGAAGGAAAUUGACCCCAAGACGGAUAUCUCUACUAUCAAAGAAGGCUCGGUCUUCUUGUGUAUGGUGACGGGUCAGAACGCUAACGGCAGCGUCAUCAAGUUGUCGGCUAAUCUUCAGACCACUGGCUCCAUCAAGAAGUCGCACUACCUCACCAACGCCCCCACGAUUAACUCAUUUCUCCCCGGUACUGCCGCAGAAAUCCUCUUGACGGAGGUGACAUCGACUGGAAUGGUUGGAAAGAUCAUGGGCAUGUUGGACGCGACGGUGGACUUCGUUCAGUCUGGGGCGAAUGCAGGAAAGGAAGACCUGGUCAAGAAGUAUCAAACGGGAGCAAAGAUCAAGGCUCGCUUGGUCUGUACCUUCCCCUCCUCUGAGCCUUUUAAGGUCGGAUUCACAUUGCUCGACCAUGUCGCCAAGUUCGCAUCGGACAGCCAGGGACCAGGGUCCGCUAACGAUGCACCCGCCAUCUCUGCCAUUCUGCCCGAGGCUAAGGUUAUUCAAGUUGAUCCGGGAAUGGGCGUCUACGUCCAAAUCGGGUCUACGAAGCAUAUCGGUUUCGUUCACGUCUCCAGACUGGCUGAUGGCCAAGUGGAAAACAUCUCGCCUGAGCAUGGUCCCUUCAGCUUGAACACCGUACACGAAGCCCGAGUCGUUGGCUACAGCCACAUUGACAACCUUUACCUCUUGUCUUUCGAGAGGAAGAUUAUCGAUCAGCCAUUCCUUCGGCUCGAGGAUGUGACCGUGGGAGCGGUUGUUAAAGGAACAAUUGACAAGCUUCUGAUCGGAGCAAACGGCAUCGAUGGUCUUAUUGUUGUUCUUGCUGAUGGAAUCACUGGUCUUGUGCCUUCGAUGCACUUUGCUGACACCCUUCUUCAAUUCCCGGAAAAGAAGUUCCGUGAGGGUAUGACCGUCUCAGCAAGGAUCCUCUCGGUCAACCUGGAAAAGCGCCAGAUCCGACUGACUUUGAAGAAGAGUCUGUUGCACAGUGAAUCUGCUAUCUGGAAGGAUUACCAGGACAUCACCGCCGGAUCCCAGUCCCCAGGUACCAUCGUCAGUCUUAAGCCUCAUGGUGCAGUGGUUCAGUUCUAUGGUUCCAUCCGCGGUUUCCUUCCCGUCUCAGAGAUGAGUGAGGCUUACAUCAAGGAUCCUUCCCUGCAUUUCAGGCAAGGUCAAGUCGUGAAUGUGCAUGCCCUCAGUGUGGAUGCCUCGAAUGAAAAGCUUGUGGUUUCUUGCAAAGAUCCCUCGACUGUCACCGAAACCUACAAGGAGGCUUUCGAGAAGAUUCAUCCUGGCUUACUCGUUUCGGGUACUGUGUUCGAGAAGUCCAGUGACGAUGUACUCCUGAAGCUAGACGAGUACGGCCUCGUGGCCCGACUCAACCUUGAGCAUGUCAUUGACGGCUCUCCCUCCAAGCAGGCUUCGACUCUUUCUAAGAUCCGUGUCGGCCAGAAGCUCAACGAGCUCCUUGUUCUCAACAUCCAGCGGGCACACAGGCUCAUCAAAGUUUCCGGCAGACAGUCCCUUAAGAAGGCCGCUAAGCAAAGCGCCAUGCCUGGAUCCUUUGAGGAUCUCAAAGAGGGCGCCGACGUCACUGGUUUUGUGCGCAACAUCACUCAGACUGGAUUGUUUGUUGAAUUCUUGGGUGGACUGAUUGGACUCGUUCCCAGGCGCCUUAUCGCAGAUGAGAACAUCAACAAGCCCGACUACGAUAUGGUCAGGUCACAGGUUGUUACUGCCACGGUUCACUCACUCGACACCGAUUUCAGGCGUUUCAUCUUGAGCAUGAAGCCCAGUGAGGCGACUCGCGCCGGUCCGAAGAAGCCCGUUGCCAAGCCCACUCCUACUAAUGAUGCAGUCGCCAAUCCUAUCGACGAGAGCAUAACCUCGAUGUCCGAUUUCACCUUUGGAAGAACCGUCAAGUGCAAAGUUGUUUCGGUUCGCGCAACUCAAGUCAACGUCCAGCUCGCCGACAACAUUCAGGGUCGGAUCGACGUCUCCGAAGUGUUCGAUAAGUGGGAGGACAUCAGCGAUCGCAAGCAACCCCUUCGUCUUUUCCGUCCUAAGCAGGAGAUUGAAGCCCGAAUUUUGGGCGUCCAUGAUGCUCGCAACCACAAAUUCCUUCCCAUCAGCCACCGUAACGGCAAGCACCCCGUUUUCGAACUUUCUGUCAAGCCGAGCUUUUUGAAGGCCAGCAGCCCCAGCCCGCUGAAUCUGGAGCAGGUCCAGACCGGCUCGUCCUGGGUAGGCUUUGUCAACAAUAUCUCCGACAACUGCCUCUGGAUCAACUUGUCUCCCAAUGUUCGUGGAAGACUGCGCCUCAUGGAUGCUUCGGAUGAUCUUUCUCUUUUGGCCGAUGUGGAGAAGCGUUACCCUGUUGGAUCUGCCAUGAAGGUUCAUGUCACGGCGGUUGACGCUGAGAAGGGUCGUCUCGACCUUUCCGCUAGACAACGCUCGGACAAACUCUCAUUCGAUGACAUCUCGGUCGGCAUGAUCCUGCCCGGCAGAGUGACCAAGGUCACCGAGAGACAGGUCAUUCUGCAGCUCAGUGACUCCAUCGUCGGUGCACUGGACUUGAUUGACAUGGCCGAUGACUACACGAAAGCUAAUCCUACGGUCUACCAGAAGAAUGAAGUUCUUCGUGCCUAUGUUAUGAGUGUCGAUAAAGACAAGAAGAAGAUCUUCCUUUCCACCCGUCCGUCGAAGGUUUUGAGCUCGUCCCUGCCCGUACAGGACAAGGAGAUCACCUCGAUCAAAGACGUCGCGGUCAACGAUGUCAUCCGUGGUUUCAUCCGCAGAGUUGCCGACAAUGGUCUUUUCGUGACUGUGGGCCAUAAUGUCACUGCCUAUGUUCGUGUCUCGGAUCUCUCUGAUUCCUACCUCAAGGAAUGGAAGGAUUCCUUCCAGAACGACCAGCUUGUCAAGGGCCGCGUUACCGUGGCCGACGCCGAGCAAGGCAAACUGCAGAUGAGCUUGAAAGAGUCCGUUCUGGACCCGAACUACAAGGCUCCACUCACGCUCCACGAUCUCAAGCCUGGCCAGGUCAUUACUGGAAAGAUCCGCAAGGUGCAAGAUUUCGGUGCCUUCAUUGUAGUUGACGGUUCCGCCAACAUUAGUGGUCUUUGCCACCGCAGUGAGAUGUCCGAAAAUCGUGUGGACGAUGCACGUACUCUCUACGAGGAGGGUGAUGCUGUCAAGGCCGUCAUCUUGAAGAUCGACCGUGAGCAAGAGAAGAUCUCGUUCAGUCUCAAGGCUUCUCAUUUCAACGAUGAGGACGAGGAUGAAGAUGAGGACAGCGACGAGGAUGGAGCCGAGUCGGAAGGCGUCAGCCUUGAUGGCUUCGGUGGAGUUGACGUCGAGGACAGCGAUGAGGAUAGCGAUGUGUCCAUGGGUGGCGUCGAAGUUGAUGCGGACAGUGAGAGUGAGAGCGAGGAUGAGUCUAUGGAUGAGGCACCAACCACUCGACAAGGAGGACUGGGUGCAAGCGCCUUCGAUUGGAGCGGCAACUCCAAGGACCCUGAGGUGGUGGCAGAGUCCGAUUCCGACUCGGACGCGGAGUCUCGCCCGAAGAAGAAAAAGAACCGCAAGCCUGAAAUCCAGGUCGACCGGACUGGCGACUUGGAUGCCAAUGGACCGCAGACAGUGGCUGACUACGAGCGACUGCUCCUUGGUGAGCCUGAUUCGUCAGUGCUUUGGCUGCAAUACAUGGCUUUCCAGUUGGAACUGGGUGAAGUCGAGAAGGCUAAGGAGAUCGCUGAGCGUGCCCUGCGUACCAUCACUAUCGGGCAAGAUGCUGAGAAGUUGAACAUCUGGGUUGCCAUGCUCAAUAUGGAGAACACCUACGGCUCCGACGACUCAUUGGAGGAGGUUUUCAAGCGCGCGUGCCAGUACAAUGACACCCAGGAGGUCUACGAACGGAUGAUUAGCAUUUACAUCCAGUCUGGCAAGAACGAGAAAGCAGAUGAGCUCUUCCAGACCGCCCUCAAGAAGAAGAUCUUCCAGUCAUCGAAGUUCUUUGUCAACUACGCCAGCUUCCUGUUCGAUACCAUGGCUGAUCCUGAGCGGGGUCGCGCUUUGCUUCCUCGCGCCCUCCAGUCGCUACCCUCUCACACCCACGUGGAGACCACCUCGAAGUUCGCUCAGAUCGAGUUCCGCUCUGAGAACGGCGACGUCGAGCGCGGACGCACCGUGUUUGAGGGCCUCUUGUCCUCGUUCCCCAAGCGGAUCGACUUGUGGAAUAUCCUGUUGGAUCUGGAGAUCAAGAAUGGCGACGCUGAGCAGGUGCGCCGGUUGUUCGAGCGGGUGCUUGGAAUCCGCGAUAACAAGAAGGGGGGCCCGGCCGUCGAGGCCAGCAAGAAGGUCCGCCCGAAGCAGGCGCGCUUCUUCUUCAAGAAGUGGCUUGCCUUCGAGGAGAAGCUGGGUAACGAGAAGAUGGUCGAGGAGGUCAAGGCCAAGGCCGCAGACUAUAUCAAGUCGGUGCAACAGCAGGAGUAAGCUGAUAGAUGCAAGCUGGAUGUCCCAUCGGGGUUACAGGACAUUGGAGGAUUCUUUUGUAUAUACACAAAAAGCAUUUCGCAAU